AUGAUCUCAAUUUCGAAUCUGAAGCUCCCUUGUCAUUUUGUUUCUAUCGUUGCGCGACGGUCUGCGAUUCUCGACAAUACCAUACAUAAUCUUGUGUCUCAUGGCAAGAUCACAUAUCAUGGAUUACGCACAUGUCUUGCGGGCCACCUUUUCCUUUUGAGAUACCUACCUCGCAUCUUUAUCAUGUUUUAUGGUGAUCUUUCAACGGGCUGGGCUGUCUGUUUGGGACUGUCUUUGCAUCUUUUGGGGCAACUCUUCUCUCCAAACCAAAUCAAACACUUAGGCGAGUAUAUACGAAGCUUGCUGGUCCGGCCAGAAUUCGCGGCAAAGUCUCGUAGCCUGAUUUGA